UAUCAAGCAACUAAGGAUCAAAUAUGGCGUCAUGUCAAGAAAGAAAGCGGGCUGAGAGAGAGGCCAGGAAGAAAGUUGCACAGGCUUUCAAGGAAGGAGCUAUUUGGAGGUUGAAGUUACGUAUUCUUACUUGGUUAAUGUGGAUUUUGCUGUGCGCUGAGUGGAUAUCAACAAACCGGGUACAUGAUGGUCUGCGCAUGGCAAUUCUAGCAGCCCCAUGGACAAUCGGUAUUCUGUAUUGCUCUGCGGAUUGGGUACGAGAUGUUUGCUGGGUUCUUAUGCUGUACAUUUGGCCUCAAUGGAUGCUGAACCUAAUACCCGGAGAGAGAUCAGUGAGACAGUAUAUGAACAAGUAUGGAGUUGUUGGUACGCGCCCAAUUGAGGGUGGUGGUUCAGCGGUCGUCUGCACCAAGUAUGGUAGAAAUCUGUGGUCAGGGUUUAUUAAGGUGAUAACUGAUGCUCAUAACCGGCACCAAAGUUGGGGCGGGCAAUUCACUAUGGAGGAUCUAAGGAUGAGUGGACACCGCUGCCGCAUUAAGCGUGAACCCAUGUGCGAUGGAAGUUUUGCCAAUCUGCUAUUAGAUCUGGCCACGUUGGCUAGGCUAUUGCUGGUAGAUGAAUUCAAAGAUUCCCAAGGAGAUCCAAUUAGUUAUAUCCGGGAGCUAUACAACUUGAUGGUCUCCCCUACAGUUGGUUCAUGUCCUUCAAAGGCAAAGAAGGAAAAGUUCCUUAAAUUCCUGCACAACCAUCCGGCUGUCAAGUCACCAAGAGCAGUCACGAUCCUCAUAAGUGCAGUCUUCCAAGCCUAUAAAUCAAUGGGUCAAAUAGAGAAAAAGACAGUCGAUGACCUUGUGGCUAAGAUGAAGUUUACUGAGGAUUGGAGGGUAGAUGCUGCAUUGAACUCGUUACUUAACAAGGUGUUGCUAUUCAAGUACAACGACCCCAAUAACACUUUGCCCAGUUAUGCUCCCAAUCCGAGUGGCCUUUUUAGGUUCUUACGGAACUUCCAGCAGCACGGCGGGGAUGCCAAUCAGGGUGAUAAAAAACAAAACAUCUCUAACCUUGAGGAACUGGAGUAUAUUGCUUCAUACAGAUUUUCAACUUUCAUAUCUAUGCUUAUUGAAGAUCUUGUUAUGGAGUUGGAUAUGCAGGGGAUGUUACAAUAUGCUUGGGAGAACUACACGCGUGCUUAG